UGAACUAGAUAAAAGAGGGAUGCUGUCAGUGAGAAGCUGCAGUAAUGUUGAAGAAAAUGGCAUUUAGACCAACUACUUUUACUUCACACCCAGCAACGCUGGCAAUUAUUUUCGCGAUCAUAGUUAACAGUUUGGCGUAUAAAACACAGGAUUAUUGCGCUAAAGGAUUAUGUUCACGGGACGAUAAGAAACACAUUGGCUGUAAUACCAAUAGGAAAUUCGCAAGUACUUGUGACAAACCUAAGUUGAUUCCCAUGUCUACGAAAAGGAAAAAUCUGCUUCUAAUGAUACAUAAUCGACUACGAAACAAAGUUGCAAAAGGCAAGCUGAGUAAUUUCAAACCGGCUUCGAACAUGUCAUUGAUGAUCUGGGACGACGAGCUAGCAUAUUUGGCUGAAUUGAACGUCAUGCAGUGUGAAAUGAAGCAUGACGAAUGUCGGAGUACAGCAAGAUUCAAGUACGCCGGGCAGAAUUUGGCCCGCUCCUGGACAAGUGGACCACUGAAGAAGCACAAUGAAAACAUACGGGUAGGCAUCCUUGGGUGGUUUUCAGAACACAAAGAUGCAUCAAUGAAGUUCAUACGAAAGUAUGGAUUUACUAGUAAAACGAUUGGACAUUUCACAGCUUUGGUUCGAGAUGUUUCAAGUCACGUUGGGUGCGCCAUGUCAGCUUAUAGGAAAACGCGUGUUGUUCGUGGGAAAAGUUACAAUGGUAAUGAAUUCCUUUUGGCUUGUAACUACGCAAACACCAACAUCUUGAAGGAACCCAUAUACAUCGAAGGGAAACCGUGCAGUGCUUGUCCCGGUGGGGCACGAUGUCACCGUGUUUACACGGCACUUUGCGAUCAUAGUGAUUGAAACGAUAUAAAAUUAAAUCAGAAUUACAGUGGUGGUGAUUUGCCUGAUGCGUAUUUAUCGUUAUAUUUUACCAAUUUUAUGACAGUGAAAUACAAGCUUGAUAAAUUGCUUCAUGUAUUUAUUGAAUAAAAUGAGA